AUGCAGCAUUAUCGUUGUGCUCAGUGUCCUGCUAUCUUUUCUUCAAUUUCUUCACGUAAGAAUCAUGUAAGACACGCACAUCAAUCAACUGUCCAUACCAAGGAUAUACAUGGCUCUGAGGUCAUUAUUGAAAGAGUCAAUAAUCGCUUUUCGUGCCCUCAAGUAGCUUGCUCAUACUCUACUGUCAAAGCAUCUUUGAUGCAGACUCAUUAUCAUAAUUGUCGAUCCAAAAUUCGUACUUCUGCUCCUUCUGUGGCCAGCCAUAUUCCUAGGGUGGUGGUUCAAUCUAGAGUGAUUCCUGCUGGAAGCCAAGUGCAAG